AGAAAACGAAACAGGAAGUUGUGGCGGCGAACCUUCCACACGGAUGGAAGAGACGAGCGAAGUAGGGGAUGGCUCUGGCGUCGUGUGAGAAUCUGGAGUUGCGUUCCUAAACGCUUCCCAAACUGCACGGACAGGAGACAUGGGCAGCAAGGGAUGUAUUCUCUGGCGACUCCUUCUUGCAGUAUGCUGCUGUGGCCUGCUUCGCAUGCUUUCUGCAGAUGCCAACUCGGUUACCCUGCCAGAAACUCUACUCUUCGUGUCCACACUUGAUGGCAGUCUGCAUGCUGUUAGCAAGAGGACAGGAUCAAUUAAUUGGACUUUGAAAGAAGAUCCUGUCCUUCAAGUUCUAAUGCACAUGGCAGAACCAGCAUUUCUCCCUGACCCUCAUGAUGGUAGCCUUUACUCAUUGGGAGGCAAGGAUGAUGAAGGACUGAUGAAACUUCCUUUCACAAUUCCUGAGCUGGUUCAGGCUUCACCUUGUCGGAGCUCUGAUGGGAUCCUGUAUAUGGGAAAGAAACAAGACCUUUGGUACGUUGUGGAUCUUCUGACUGGAGAGAAGCAGCACACGUUAACUUCUUCAUCAGCUGAAUCUUUGCAUCCUUCUUCUUCUCUCCUAUAUCUUGGCCGAACAGAAUACACCAUUACUAUGUAUGACACAAAGAGCAAAGAGCUGCGUUGGAAUGCCACAUAUUUUAAUUAUGCUUCCACAGUGCCAGACAAGGACAGUCAAUACAAAAUGUCUCAUUUUGUGUCAAAUGAAGAUGGCUUAGUAGUUACGGUUGACAGUGAGUCUGGUGAUGUCCUGUGGAUUCAGAACUACAAUUCUCCAGUGGUGGCAAUGUACAUAUGGCAACGAGAGGCACUAAGGAAAGUAAGCCACACCAAUGUGGCUGUCGAGACCCUGCGGUACUUAAGCUUCCUCUCUGGCGACGCUGGACGCAUCACUAAAUGGAAAUACCCUUUUCCUAAAGAGACUAAAGCUAAAAACAAGCUUAUGCCAACACUUUAUGUGGGUAAAUAUUCAACAAGCCUCUAUGCCUCCCCCUCCCUGGUUCAUGAUGGCAUGACUGUAGUGCCUAGAGGUAGUGCUUUCCCACUACUUGAAGGACCAAAGACUGAAGGUGUGACGAUAGGGGGCAGUGAGGAAUGUUUUAUUACCCCAAGUACUGAUGUGAAAUAUUCCCCCGCUGGUCUGAAGGAGAAAAGCAGGAUUAACUACCUGAGGAACCACUGGCUGUUGAUCGGUCACCAUGAAACUCCUCCAGCUGCCCACAGUCAGAUUCUUGAUAAAUUUCCAAACAGCAUUCCAAGACACCCAGUGAACAUUAUUCCAAGUAGCGCCGAGGUGUCAACAGAUGAGAGUCUCACAGAUGUUGACCCAGAGGAAGAUACCAGUAUUCCCACUAUACCUUACGUUGAGAAGCCUAGUCAUCAGUAUCAGAGACAGGAGGCACCAGUGGACUCCAUGUUGAAGGACAUGGCUACCAUAAUCUUCUGCACCUUUCUUCUGGCAGGCUGGGUGGCCUUUGUGGUCACAUACCCAAAGAAUAUGCGUAGACAGCAGCUAGAACACCAACAGUUCCAGAAACAGAUGGAAGAAAAGAUGCAGCUUCUGCAGAAACAGCAGCUACUUUUUCAGCCUUCCUUGGAGUUGCAGCAGGAUGUAGAAUUUAUGGAUGGUGGUCAGGUUCGCAGUGAAGGCUCGACUAAUAGCAGUCCCACUCCAUCUCCCAGAGCAUCCAAUCACUCAAAUCUAUCUGUGUCAGAAUUUGGCAGCUCUGCUACAGAGCAAGAUGAAGCAGAUGAUGAGACUAGACUGGCUCGAGUAGGCAAUCUCACAUUUUGUCCAAAAGAUGUUUUAGGCCAUGGAGCCGAGGGAACCAUUGUCUACCGGGGCCGGUUUGACAACAGAGCAGUAGCAGUGAAGAGGAUUUUGCCCGAAUGUUUUAGUUUUGCAGAUCGGGAGGUGCAGCUUCUCCGAGAAUCAGAUGAGCAUCCAAAUGUUAUACGCUACUUCUGUACGGAGCGAGAUCGUCAGUUCCAGUAUAUUGCUAUAGAGCUCUGCAUUGCCACUCUGCAGGAGUAUGUGGAACAGCAGGAGUUUGAUCGGUGUGGUCUGGAACCUAUCGCUUUACUCCAGCAGACCAUAUCUGGACUGGCCUAUUUACAUUCACUUAGUAUUGUCCACAGAGACCUAAAGCCUCACAACAUCCUCAUUUCUAUGCCUAAUCCUCAUGGUCGUGUGAAAGCCAUGAUCUCAGACUUUGGUCUUUGUAAGAAGUUGGCAGUGGGCAGACACAGUUUUAGCCGGCGGUCUGGUGUUCCAGGUACAGAGGGCUGGAUUGCACCAGAGGUAUUAAGUGAUGACUACAAAGAAAACCCGACUUGUGCAGUUGAUAUCUUUUCGGCUGGCUGUGUCUUCUACUAUGUCAUAUCCAGUGGAAGUCAUCCAUUUGGAAAAUCCCUGCAGCGGCAAGCUAAUAUCCUACUAGGUGCAUAUAAUCUAGAGUUCCUGAAUUCCGAGAAGCAUGAGGAUAUCAUUGCCGCUGAUCUCAUUCAAAAGAUGAUUAGCAUGGACCCUCAGGAGCGACCAACUGCCCAUGGCAUUCUUUCUCAUCCCUUUUUUUGGAGUUUGGAGAAACAGCUCCAGUUUUUCCAGGAUGUGAGUGACCGCAUUGAAAAAGAACCUCUAGAUGGUUUGAUAGUGAGGCAGCUGGAGAAUGGAGGUCGAAAGGUGGUUAAACAGGACUGGAGAGCCCAAAUUACUGUGCCACUGCAGACAGAUCUUCGGAAGUUCAGAUCUUAUAAAGGGGGUUCAGUUCGAGAUCUGCUUCGUGCCAUGAGGAACAAGAGGCACCAUUACAGAGAGCUUCCUGUGGAGGUGCAAGAGUCCUUGGGCUCCAUUCCAGACAACUUUGUCCGCUAUUUCACAUCACGGUUUCCUAACCUUUUACUGCACACUUACUGCGCACUUCAGACAUGCAGCCAAGAGCGCCUAUUCCGACCCUACUAUCCUGUUUCCAAGUGGCAGGAGUCAGACAUCAGGGACUCUGUGUGAGUGGCCAUUGCGCAUCGCAAUAUCUAAGUGCCUUUCUGAAGGGCUGAAGUGGGUCUGGGACAUUGCAUCCCUAUGUUUGUCCUGACUGUAGGAAGUAGCUGUGACAAGUUGUCACCAUUUUUCAUCCUCUACAUGUAUAAACUAACUUCUCCGUCCAGCAGAGGACUUCAGGGAGUAAGCCGCCCAGGAUGACGUAUGAUCAGGAGACAAUUAAGUGACUGAUCUUUUUAUGCAUUAAGUUGAAAAUGUCCUUUUUAAACUUGCUCACCUCCUGGUACAUCACCACCUACGCUUUUGGCAUCUAGUAACUGAUGGAGAGGUGGGUUUGGGGUUCACUUAGGACAUAAACGGUUUACUGGACUUGAACAGCUGUGUUUGUUUUUUCCGCAUUCUUUGUCAUUAUCAAGCCUUUCUAAGCUUUUAUUAUCGGUGAUGAUCCAGAAACAAGUGGACCCUAAUAUGGUUUGGAUUCUAGGCCACUGGUUGCCAACCUUGGAAUUCUGUCACAUUUCUGUGUUACUCUCGAGUGUUACUUGCUGUAUUUUUCUCGUGACUUUCACAAGAUUGCUCCAAUCAAGCAAUCCGCAAGCUUGAAAAAGCAUUCAGAUGUCUUGUGGGUACUGCAGAGCACCACUGGAUUUUAUCUUUUUCCCUCCACAUUUGUUGUCUUAUGGAUCUCCGUUACAAAUGCUGUUUUGAGGCUUAAGUCUCCUGAUAAUGUACUCUGGAUAGCCGAGAUUGACAUUGGCUGCCAUGUCAGCCUUAUGAAACUGGACAGCAGCACAGCAUUUGUCAAGGUUUUUUGUAUGAUUUCAUUUGUGUUUAACUUAUUUAUUUAAGGUGAGAUAUCAAAAAGCCAGCUUUCUUCUGUUAAUUUUUUUUUUUUAAAUGGACAGGGUUAUUUUUUAGACUUUUGUUUGAAUUUGAUUUCUUUCUCUAUUGUGCAAUCUGUACCAUAAAAUUCAAAUGCCAAAUGACUUUAUAAUGAAAAACUGUUUGUUUGGUCUGCCUUCUGAUCUUUGUGUCUCAAUGUGGAAACUUUAUUUUAAUAAUCAUAAUAACAGAAUUAUUUUCUAUUUGCACUAAUUAUUGAAAUCUUUAGAAAAUGCAUACUGCAAUAAAUUGUGUUCAAUU